AUGACUAAUAAACACUAUCAAGGAGGAGAAGUUAACAGUGGGCUCAUGGGGUGGAAACUGUCCAUUAUCGGUAUGUGGAAGCUUAAUACAUAUGGGGCUAGUAAAGCCAAUAAGGAAGCUGGUUGUAGUGGCAUUGUAAGAGAUCAUAAUGGCGAUUGGAGAGGGAGUUUAUCAAAGUAUCUAGGGAUUUGUUCUGCUCUUCAUGUUCAUCAUGGAUAUAAGAAGGGUGGAAUUGAUAAAACCCUCUUUGUCAAAGAAAAGGAUGAAAAACUCAUGGUAGCUCAAAUAUAUGUGGAUGACAUUGUCUUUGGUGGGAUGUCGGAUGAGAUGGUCCAACAUUUUGUCAAACAGAUGCAAUCUGAGUUUGAGAUGUGA